AAAACUAAUAAAUAUGAGCAUCAAUGAGUUUAUGGAAAGAAGGAGCAUUAACAACCAAGAGGUCAAGGAAUGCAAUAGUAAUGGAGUUAACUCUGACCAGAAUGGCUCUCUCCUAAAAUAAUAUAAUGAACAAGCGUCUAAGUAUUAACCCGAGCAUGGUGAAACAAUAUUCCACACUUGUUAGACUGCAAGCUGAGAGCGAACGAGGAAAUCCUAAUAGUGAAACUGAAAGCGUAAAAUCACUUAAGCCUUCAGAGAGUACGAAAUUAAAACCCAGGAAGAGUAAGGCAAGAAAGAAGAAAAACUAUAAGAACAACAUUGGCAAACAAAAUGACUUAAUGCAAUCACAUGAAGUUAAUUACAAUAUGAAAUCUCUCUUGAGUAGGAGGCACACAAAAGUAGCUCCUGCGAUAGAAGGUCUCAGCUAUAAAAAAUCUAACAGCAGAUCGAGUAGUCCUAAUAGAGAACUCUCGUCAGAAUUCUGAGGCACAGCCAAACCUCAUUAUCGUAAGCUAGAAGAAACUCAAGCGGAAGGGAGAUGAGACCGAUUUGGUACCUUAAUAAUCUCAGGGUCUAAAGAACAUCGAAUCUGAUUCCGAGACGAAAUUGGGGAGGGAAAAGUGGAUAUAAUAAAAGAGGUUGAAAGCUAUAAGACCUACUACAAAAGCAAAACCUUUAUCUCUUGAUCAUGAAAUAUAUUUUAA